UUGGGUCCCAGAACAAGGGACUCUCUCCCAGGCCUUGGGUUUUCUCCUUGUUUUGUUCUCAUAUCGAGUCUGUGGUCGGUUGGGCAGUGUAAGUGUGUUUAGGGGUGAAUGUUGAGGCCUUAUUUCCCUCCAGGCCCAUGGAGUCCAAAACCACCUACCUGGAAGACCUUCCACCACUUCCUGAGUAUGAGCUGGCUCCUUCCAAGUUAGGAGAGGAAGUGGAUGAUGUUUUUCUCAUUCGAGCUCAAGGAUUGCCUUGGUCAUGCACUGUGGAAGAUGUCCUUAACUUUUUCUCAGACUGCAGAAUCCGCAAUGGUGAGAAUGGAAUACAUUUCCUCUUAAAUAGAGAUGGGAAACGAAGAGGUGAUGCCUUAAUUGAAAUGGAAUCAGAGCAGGAUGUUCAGAAAGCCUUAGAAAAGCACCGCAUGUACAUGGGUCAACGGUAUGUAGAAGUAUAUGAAAUAAACAACGAAGAUGUGGAUGCCUUAAUGAAGAGCCUGCAGGUUAAAUCUUCACCUGUGGUAAAUGAUGGUGUGGUUCGUUUGAGAGGACUUCCUUACAGUUGCAAUGAGAAGGACAUUGUAGACUUCUUUGCAGGGCUGAAUAUAGUAGACAUUACUUUUGUCAUGGACUACAGAGGGAGAAGAAAAACAGGUGAAGCCUAUGUGCAGUUUGAAGAACCAGAGAUGGCCAACCAAGCGCUGUUGAAACACAGAGAAGAAAUUGGUAACCGAUACAUAGAGAUAUUUCCAAGCAGAAGAAAUGAAGUUCGAACACAUGUUGGUUCUCAUAAGGGAAAGAAAAUGGCAUCUUCUCCUACUGCUAAGUAUAUAACUGAGCCAGAAAUGGUCUUUGAAGAGCAUGAAAUAAAUGAGGAUAUUCGACCCAUGACAGCUUUUGACAGUGAGAAGGAAGUAGAAUUGCCUAAGGAGAUGUCAGAGAAGAUAACAGAGGCCGUUGAUUUUGGAACUACGCCUUCACUGCAUUUUGUUCACAUGAGAGGAUUGCCUUUCCAAGCUAAUGCCCAAGACAUUAUAAAUUUUUUUGCUCCACUGAAGCCUGUUAGAAUCACCAUGGAAUACAGUUCUAGUGGGAAGGCCACUGGAGAAGCUGAUGUGCACUUCGAUACCCAUGAGGAUGCUGUCGCAGCUAUGCUCAAGGAUCGGUCCCAUGUUCACCAUAGGUAUAUUGAACUGUUCCUGAAUUCGUGUCCAAAAGGAAAAUAAGAUUUCCAGGGACUCCAAAUAAGGAUGAAGCAAGAAGCAUCUCAUUUGUACAUCUUUCUUGGACAUGGGAUACAAAGUUCCAGUUGAUUAGCAGCAACUGCUAGAGAAAGGAUAUUGGGGUUUUUGGGUAGUUGCUUCUAAGAAAAAUUUCAUAAUGGACUGUUAAGAAAGGGAAAAGCAGAUUCAGUUUGGGAUUAUGAAAUAAACCACAAAUUUAAAUUUUUGUUUAAAUUGUCUAGGAUCUGAUUAAAAAAUCUUAUCUUUAUUUUAUGUUAUCAAUUUGUUUUCAUGUAGGAUAUUACCCAGUGUAAAAACUACACAUGUUUAUUCAGCACUGCCUUGUAAAACCAUUCUCCCAUUUAAAAAAUAAUCUGUUCAAAGUUUUAUUCUUUGCCUAUGAAUUUAGAACUCUGAUGUAAAACUCUUGGUUUGAAGAUUCUCAUGGAAUAAAAUACUGAUUUAUUUUAACCAGAUAUUCACCAAAACAAGGAACAGUUUCAGACUUUUGGACUAGUGUGGUUU